UUUUGUUUUGGUGAACAUUUUCCAGUUAUUAAGUACUAUCAUGUCAUUUAUGUAUUCUUAUAGAUGAUGCAAUCAUAAAUCUUUAGUCAAACCCCUAAAUUGCUAAAUUUAGUUAGAAACUUUAGUGUUUUGUCAUCAACUGCUAUAUUUGUUUGAUUUGGUAUUCAUGCUUCCGAUUUCCCCUCCAUCACAAGCUAACUCAAAUUUUAACCAUCAUAUUCAUCUCACACUCACUAAGCACAAUGCCAAUCGCUUCACCCAAACAACCCUCUCUCGUAAUCAUCACAAUCACCUUCUUCGUCUUAUUGGGCCCAGGCCCAGUCCUUGCUCGCGACGCCCACGUCAUCAAUUUCCACUGUCCCAAUCUGUACCCGGAAUCCCUCGCGUGGGACCCACUCGCACAGCACUUCCUCCUCGGCUCCCUCCGCCAGCGCAUCAUCGCCGCCGUCUCUGACGCCGGCAUCGUUGAAACCUUCAUCUCCGACACCGACCUCCCCGACGGCGCCGCAUUCCUCGGCCUCGCCGUCGACCCGCGGCGCAACCGCCUCCUCGCCGUCGUCCACUCCAGUCACCACCUCCCUCCGCUGAACGCCCUUGCCGCCUACGACCUCCGCUCCCGCCGCCGCCUCUUCCUCUCCCCGCUCCCCUCCGAAGACGUCGACGCGGCGAACGACGUCGCCGUGGACCACCGCGGCAACGCCUUCGUGACGAACUCCGGCGGAAACUUCAUCUGGAAAGUAUCCGCAGACGGAUCCGCGUCGAUCUUCUCCCGAUCUCCGAUGUACAGGGAGGCGACGAAGAGUCCUUCCAACGGCGACGCACCUUACGGUUCCGUAGGACUGAACGGAAUCACUUACGUGAGCAAGGGAUACCUCCUGGUGGUGCAGUCGAGCAGCGGAAAGGUUUUCAAGGUGGACGCGGUGGACGGCACGGCGAGGAAGGUGUUGCUGAACGAGGAUCUAGUGGGCGCGGACGACAUCGCGGUGAGGAAGGACGGCGUGGCGGCGGCGGUUUCACCGAUGAAGGUGCUGUGGUUGAUGAAGAGCGAUGAUAACUGGGCGGAGGGAGCGGUGUACGACAAGGUGGAGGUGAACGUGCGGCGGUUUCCGACGUCGGUGGUGGUCGGAGAUAAGGAUAGGGUUUAUGUGUUGUAUGGGCAUUUGGAUGAGGGGAGAAUGGGGGAUUCUGGGAGAGAGAAUUUCGGGAUUGCUGAGUUGAGAUCGAAGAAAGAAGGUGACGAGAGGGUUUGGAUCUUUGUGUUGAUUGGUCUUGGCUUUGCUUAUUUUUGCUUUUGGAGGUUUCAGAUGGGUGAGCUUGUGAAGAGAAUGGACAAGCUUCAUUGACUUUUCUUCAAUUCAUUCUUGCUGUUAGGUACUUACUUUGCUUUCCCAACACUAGUUGCUUCAAUUCAUGCCUCUUCAUCACUUUUUCUUCACUAUUACUCAUCUCCCAAAAAACCUUCAAUCAAAACUAUCCACUACUAUUUCAAAUCAAAAUUAAUUCCAACAUUAUUGUUUGUGUUUUUAAAAUCUGCUGAUUUUGGAUUU